UUCUCCUCCACCUCCUAUUCAGGUCCCCGGCUACCCAUUAAUAUCCUCCCCACCUCCAUCGCACACCCCAACAAGCUCUCUCCGCCAUCGGAGACCAACUAAGAUACAGGUCGAGUGGAAGCUAAACACAGUACUACUGAGCAAGCAUGCCGUCUCCGAGGUUCUUCUCCGUCCACGAGGCCCGGCGCCACCACUUCUUGGGCUCCUGCUACCUCUGCAAGAAGCCCAUCGCCGAGAACAAAGACGUCUUCAUGUACAGAGGGGACACUCCCUUUUGCAGCAAGGAGUGCCGGUGGGAGCAGAUGGACAUGGAUGAAGCUCUGGAGAACGAGUCCAAGAAGCAGUCGUUCGCCAUGAAGGGCAAGCCGAGCUUGACCAUCCCUUCCAACUGCGACAAGAAAAGCUUCAAGGCCGACGCUGCUGCCGUUGUUGCCGGCUAAUACAACCUUAAUUACCAGACGAUGGCAACAACUUCCUCCUCCUCGGAUUCAAGUUUCAGUACGUAGUUCUGCGAGAAGCUUGCUGAACGACAGAAUCCAAACAAAGAAACCCUGGGAAAGAGAGAGAGAGAGGGAGAGAGAGAGGCUAAGAGCAGGAGAAUACGAAAGAUGAGAGGAUUUCUUGCUCGAUGUACAGAAGAAGAGAUGUAGAUUUUGGUAUCCAUAUGUGCAAGAUUUUGCCCUUCCCCAGUUUUCUUCUGUCAAAUCUUGCUUGAAAGGAUAAUAAGAAGGACAAAUCGUCGGCUUGUUUGA